AUGGCCAAAUCUUUGGGUGAAAAAAAGGUUAGUAACCUUGUACCGGAGGAUCUUGCAUUAUUAGUUCUAUCAAAACUUCCAAUCAAAUCUUUGAAGCGUUCUGGAUGCGUUAAGAAAUCAUGGUCUCUCUUAUUUGAAAACCCUUCUUUCAUGACCAUGUUCCGCAAUAAUUUCAUAUCUAUUCCUCACUCUUACUAUGAUGAUACAACAAUCAUCCUGCAAGAGGUUGUCCACAGACCUCUUCAAACUCCUCGUGUUAAAUUCUAUUUCCAUUCACUAUCUAGUAAGAGGUUUGAGAAUAGACUCAAAUUCCACUUGCCAAAUCCAUUUCAAGAGGAGGACCCUAACCUUUAUAUUGUAGAGUCUGGUGCUGCCAAUGGAACUCUUUGCCUCCACAGAGGAUUCGAUGAACUUGUAUUGUGGAAUCCAAGUACCGAUGAAUUGAAUGUCGUUCCUUCUGGUUCUAUGGUGUCUAUGCCACCUUACCGAGAAUCUUUCAUUAAACUUCAUGGAUUUGGUUAUGACCAUGCUAGAGAUGACUAUAAGAUUAUCAGGUAUUUUUUUCCACUAGAUGACCAUGAUCUUUUACAUCUCAACCUGUCGGAGGAAGAUGUUCAACGGGAUGAAAUAUCUUAUGCAAGUGUAUGGGAGAUUUAUAGUCUAAGAUGUAACACUUGGAAAGAACUUCAUGUCGAUAUGCCCUCACAUUGUUAUUCAGGUUUACUGUACACAAAUGGAAUAUGUCAUUGGUUGUCUAAAAGUAAUGCUGAAUAUUACUUGGUGUCAUUUGACUUGAGCAAUCAUGUGUUUUUUACAACAUUCGCGCCCUUAGCAACACCAAGAUACAUAGAUCCCAAUCUUGAUUUUAAGGAUUUGAGGACACGAUUGGUGAUGUUAAAUGGUUCCAUUGCUUUGAUCUCUUGGUAUGGAGACACGACCACCUUUCACAUAUCAGUUUUAGGUGAACUUGGUGUGAGUGAAUCAUGGACUAAACUCUUCAUUAUUGGACCUUUAUCCGACCUUUUUAUGUAUCCUAUUGGAGCAGGGAGUAAUGGUGAUAUAUUCUUCAAAGCAGGAGAUGGAAAACUAGUCUUUGAUUUAAGAACACAGAUGAUUGAGGAACUUGACGGUGUUGAAGAAACAUAUUCAAGAAUUAUAUUCUAUAAGAAAAAUGGAGGAAUAAAUCAUUAG